CUGUCUGCCCUGGAGACGCUUUUACUCCUCGACGUCUAUAGCAAGUGCCUGCGCCAGAGUGGCUUCAGCUGGACCGUAGACGAGCUAGCUAUCAAGAUGUGGGCACCUAUCAUCUUCGACCCGCCGCUGGGCAGCACCAUCAGGCAAGCUAGCGGGCCUGGCAACACUUAUCAUGUUUUAGCACACAACGUGCCUCUUCAGCUACUAGCGCCAGAAGGGGCAGAGAGACUGGAAGUCUGGCACGAUGCUGGAAAAGGGGAAUGGUGCGCAACACCUUUUGCUCCAAUUGAGACACACACGAUAGAAGUGGCCGGUACGACCGGACCAGCAUCCGUCGCAGCUGGCCAAGCGGCGCUCACUUUCCACUUUCAAGACGCCGAGUUCGCCAACUCACUGCAGUUUACCUAUCGCAUUUCCAGAUCUGAUGGUCGCAUAGAAUGGCUAGGAACCUCUUCUGAUAACGUCAAAGUGGUGUUCUGCGGCCGCGAGAAGCAACUCAAGCCUACCUUUGAGCAGGCAUUUCGCACGCAUUUUAAGGUGCGCACCCAGAGUAUCGCCGAUGGCGAGUCAGGCGCGGCGCUGCACAGCCUGGUGAAAAUGUCCAUCCCGGUAGAAUCUGCCGACGAUCGAAUGCACCUCGGACAGCUUCACGGGGUUAAACAAGUGCUGGUGAUAGAGCAAACGCAGCGCACCUGGCACACCUCACGCUUGUGCCGUGCCGACGAGGUGUCGCAAUACCAGCCGGCACCCCUGGUCGUUGCCAACCUCACUGAACAUCCUGAUAUGCUCGCUGUCUUCAUUGCCGUUUCGACAGGCGGAGGCAAUAUCGGACUGCUGCAGUCCAUCCAACGGGAGUCAGCGCAGACGCUCUCUCUAGACGUACUGGUCAGCUCGGACCCUUUCGACCGCUCGCAGUCCGCUGACGCGGAAGGUGCUAGCGUGUAUGCUAGUCUUUGUGACCUCACGUCCCUCCACUUUGCCAUUCGAGUGCUCAUGGGUCACGCACGUGAGACAUUUGAAUCGAAGAACAGCAUCGAGGUCCCAAGGCGAGGUCCUGUGACAUUCAGCGGACAGCAAAUACAAAUCCAGCGACACUGCUCAGUCACGAGCGACACUCAAGACAUUGAUACAAGCGCUAGCGACAGCGGCUACCUCAGCGCCACUUCACCAAAGCUGGAAUACGCGAAAGGGCUUGUCUCGCCAUACACGAGCCACAACGACCCACAUGCGAGCCAUAUUACGCCAGACAGCGUGCCACGAAGUAGCUCUCCUGUUGAUUUGCCACAAGGACGUUCCCUCCAUAGCUACAGCGCUGCCGCAAGCGUCAAUGAUUUGGACGAUGACGCGGAGCUUGGCGCUCAGCGGUCUCCACCGUGCAGCGAAGGUGGCUUGAUGUUGUGUACCUGGGAAGCCCUCAAUCACGAGCGACCGUUCUUAUCAUCCGUUCUGGCAGCAUUAGCGUCAUUGGAGCGACGAGCUCCUGGCGCAUGCACAUCGUUGUUACUUGACGAUGGCUGGGCAGACACCAUCCGCGAAGACAAGCCCGCAGGAAGAGGGUUCAUGUCUGCAAUGACGCUGGACUCGGAGCUCUUGGACGAAGAGUCACCCGAAGACCCCUCCCCGCUAGCAAGCUACAUCAGCGCAGUCCACGCAAGCUUUCCUAACGUUCGAGACGUUGGGGUGUGGCUGACCCUCGUAGGCUACUGGAACGGUCUUUCUGUGCCUCUUGCCGAGGUGUAUGGCCCUCCUGUACGUGCGACGUUACCGGGCCCUGAUGGCCUGGUGUCGGCUUUACUGCCUGCCCUUGAACGCCUGGGCGACUUUUGGGAUGACAUGCUGGUGGGACUGGUGGAUGCGGGCGUCACUUUCAUCAAGUUGGACGCCCAAGGAGAGCUAGCCGGCAUGCGCAUUGAAGACGAGUGGCUCGCUGGCCAUGAAACUGCGUACAAUCGCGCUGCACGAGCAGCGUUCGAGAGUGCAAAACAGCGUUGGCUGCCAGCACCACACACCACCACCAGCGUCAUCCACAGCAUGGCCAUGGGGAGAGCUCAGCCCACUGGUCCGGCAGCUCUGGGCGAAAUGUCAGCGGGCCAAUGGCGGACGACUGACGACAUUGUGCCUGGGCACGAGGCCGCUGCUCGUUGGCUGUUGGUCCACGCCUCGAGGAACAUCAUGCUGUUCGAGGGCUCGAUGCACGUUCCUGAUGCGGACAUGCUCUGCACCAGCGCACACGCCUCCGUCUCUUCGUGUGAAGCAAAGGCGCAAGCCGCGUUCAGAGCUUUGUACAGCGGAGCCAGACUCACCACUUCUGACCCGCCUCUGCGAGCUUCUGGGGAACUCGAAGAGGACGCCCUGUCGCCUCUUCUAGCACCAAUGAGAAGUCCUCAAGGAAGCGUCGGGCCACUGCGCACGCUUCAAGCAGCUAACCAUGCACGGUUGCUACCUAGCAAUGUUUUCGAAGAUGUCACAGGCGAUGCCUCUGGUGCAGCCUUGCUGAUGGUUCAGCCCAACGCAUUGACCAACAAGGGAGACGCAACUUCUUUCUCGACCAUCGGUGGAUGGAAUGCGCGCGGUCCGAAUGCACGCGCUGUCGGUCAUCUCUCGGUGUCUGACGUGGCCUGCGCUCUGAAGAGCCACCCGUCACAAUCAAGAAAGUUCACCGACGUUCUUGUUGUGUGCAACGAUGACGCUGAGAGCUUCGCACACGUAUCUGCGCAAGACCUCACACGGGCUUCCUGCGGUAUGAUCAAGCAUCUAUCACGACCCGUGCUUGCCUACAACCUGGCGCCUGGCUGCUGCACGAGCUGGAGAGUUGUUCCCCUAGCACUCUUGGACGAGCAAACCUUUGUGUGCACCACAGGCCUCGCGAACAAGUACCUUGGUUUGGGUGCUGUUUGCACAAGCUGCGCGGCGCCGCAGGAAUCAUCGCCGGAACCUCCCGAAACGUCGAAGUCUUUUCCCAAUCUGCGAGGAUCAUCGACGAGCGAUGUUGGCGAUUUGACAGACCUACCAUGGUCCGCUGUGUUCGCAGCCCUGGCUGUCAUGAUGCUGAAUACUUUGGUCGGCCUCUUGAGCACUCAUAUCUUGCUGGCGCCAGUAGCACUUACUCUGGACCUCGCAACCAUGGCAAUGCGUCAACGAGCAACAUACAGCGGCGUCCCAGCUCCUCUGUCGCGUGCGUAUAUCCACACGGCAAGCGGGCACUCCACUUCGUCCGCCCUGAGGCUGCCCUAUGUUGGCAUGUUGGGCGCCCUGAAAAUCUCUCUCCCUCCAAGAUCUAGAGCUGGCACAGAUGCCUCGCCAAAACCGAGACUGCGUCCAGACAAAGAUAAGGGGUUGAAGCUCGACGUUGAAGUCAGCAGAGCAGGUGAACUCGACUUUGUGGUUGUCUCAACAUUGACAGGUCCACUUCUGGAAGCAGAUGCACACAAACGGUACACGAUGCAGAUUGAUGGGGUAGACGUAGAUGCAAGUUUCCUCAAGAUCCGGCCGCUCAGGGAAAUCUCUCCUCAAGGAUGCUCUAUCUACUCGGAGAUUGACUCGCAUGCCAGGUCGGCAGUCAAAGUCAGUGUCGACAUGCUAGCAUUUCUCGGGAGUCGAAAGGAUGAUGGAGGCCACGAAGGCGACUCGCGCCGACACGCUUCUCCGUCACCAGCAACGUGGCGGGUGACGCUGAAGCUUGAUUAGCUUCCCCCGAAGCGCAGGUGCCUUUGCAAAGUCGCACAGGAUUGACGAACACGACGGCCAGCACGACAAAUCCAACGAACACCAUAUGUACUUCUGAGAACGAUUCUGAGCAUUUGCACUGUCAUAGCAAGUCGUACACCAAGGAUGCAGGCGGAGCCUCUUUCAAACUAUUUGAAGA